UAUUGCUUGAUCAAUAAUUUCGAUUCAAAACAACAAACCCAUAACAGCUUUUUCAUUCAGUUCCCACUACAAAGCGAAAAAAAUGCAGUCGGAAAAGAAAAAAACUCUCUUGGAGAAAUAUGAAAUACCAAUAAGCCACCUGGACUUUGCCUACGUGGAGACGUGCAAAAAUGCUCGGGAAAUGGAGAAAAUUGUGCAUAUCCUGCGUUCUGGCGAGGAGGGAUAUUUUCCAGACCUCUUGCGCUGCUCAGAGGAAAAGUUAAAGCUGCUAAAGCCAGACAGCAAAUUGUUUCGCUACGAGGAGAACAUCAAGAAGAGUGAUAUACUGGACAAGAAGGAGCUGAAGCCCAUUUUGGAUUGGACCCAAGACAUUAAAACAAAGGAUAGUGCCUUGAACGAGUUAAAAAACGAAAAACAGUCCCUAGAUCUACCUUCUAUACGGAAACUGGGCAAAAUAGAGCUGGACAAACCGAGCCCUGAGCCAGCAAAGCCCACCCCUGCUGCAUCAUCACAGCCAGCAAAGGCCAAGGAAAGCCGGAUCAAGUCAACGGACUACAGUAAGUGGGAUAAGUACGAUCCCGACGAGGAAAUACUGCGCAUGGAUCUGGAUGAAGAGCGCAGCAAGGAGGAGGCCGAUUUGAAGAUUUCCAUUAAAGACAAACCAGCUACCAAAAAAGAGCUAAAGGACGAAAAGCAGGCCAUGUAUGAACGCCUACAAACGCAGCUAAAGAGACUUAGCCAGUUGGAACGUGAGCAAUUUGCAGACAAACACCGACUCCGUGGAAAUGAAUACUUCAAGGCCAAGGAGUAUGAUAGUGCCAUUGAAGAGUAUAACUGUGCCAUUUUAUAUGAUCCGGAGAACGCAGCCCGGUCUUACAACAAUCGGGCUAUAUCUUAUAUGAAACAAAGUAACUAUGUGGCUGCUAUAAUGGACUGUGAGGCGUGUCUGCAGCUGGAGCCGGAAAAUAUUAAGGCCCGUCUCCGCCUGGCGGAUGCAAACUAUGCCCGAGGAAAACGUCGUGAGUCUUAUUACCUGUACCAGCGCGUUCUGGAAUUGGAUCCCGAGAAUGCUAGUGCCAAGCAGUCUCUGAAGAAUUUAAAUUCCCAGUUGGGUGAAUUAGCCCCGGCCAGUGCCACGCGUUUGAUGAUCGAGGAGCUGAAACCAGAUGCCGAUGCUGGAAAGCCCAAGGAAAAGACUGAAGUAAAGCCACCAGCAGACAAGCAAACAACAGUAGUGAAGAAAGUGCCACCACCAGUGGCCAAGAAACCAACUUUGGCCAAGAAGCCGACUGUGGCUGAUGCUCCGCCAGUUAAGGAAUACGAUCUGGCCGAGCUGGUCAAGCCGAAUCGUGUGGUCAACAGCAAACUGGUUUCGGCUGCCCAGGCUUUGGGCAAUAAGUUCCAAGCUCCACAGGGCAAUUCACCCAAGAAACCAGUCCAGUCCAACCUGCCGUCCAACGAAGCGAUGCCGGCAAUGUUCCGCAUGCCACAGGAUAACCUGAACACCAGCAAUAAGCUUCUAAUUCAAGAGAUUUAAU